GAUCUGCAUUCCUGGGCAACUCAGUAUCGCGAUACACUGUCGCGAGGAAUAAAAAAUAGUCGUGCACAUGAUAAGGAAUUACUCAAACAGCAGAACGAUGCUGCAAGGGCUUCAACAGCACUAUCCGGUGCUGAUCCCACGCAAGCAGCCCUUUGGGAACGUGUUUGUCAACUGUGCAGCUUUGUCAAUUCUGCCGCGGAUGAAGUUUCCGGUGGUUCGCCCGUAAAGCGAGCGGGACCGAAAGAAGGACGUGAUCUGCAGCGGAUGCGAACGCUCCUCCUUCAACUGAAACAAAAUCCUCCAAUUCGUCGGGGUUAA